UCCCCUAUAUAUCCUCAUAACUUACUUUCUUCCCUUUUCCUUCUUCUCCUUCUCCAUAAGGGAAGAGAGAGAGAGAGAGAGAGAGAGAGAGAGAGAGAUAAUAUGGGUGGCAUUAAAACCGCUGGCGGUUUGCGGGCGCCGGCGGUCUGUUGCAUGUGCGGCGAUCAAGGUCUGUGUAGCGAGCUCUUCCGGUGCAGAGUUUGCCUGUUCAGAUCUCAGCACAGCAGAUACUGCAGCAAUCUGUACCCCAAAGCACAUUCUUAUCAAGCCUGCAACUGGUGUUUAAGAGAAGAAAUGAGAAGCAAUAAGCUCUCCUUAGCAGCAGAGCAGACUGUCUCUGGAAAUAAUAUAUCAGCACUAACUCUGACGCCAGUUGCUCAGAGGAGCAGUGGCUGUGGUAACUUAGCCGCGGGUGGCGGUCGUGGUGGCGGAGGACUGAAGCUCACCAACCGGUGUUUUUCACCACCUGCGAAGAAGCAAAGAUUGGCGUCGGCAGAGGGCCUGCGAGGCGGCGGUGAACAGAUUUCAACAGGGGAUAGGAAGGGGAGGCAGGGGUUCAGAGGUAGGGUUAGGAGAUAUAAGCUUUUAGAAGAGGUCAUUUGUUGAGAGAAAUGAAGAAGGUGUAAGUUGAAAUGCAAACAAAUGAGCUUCUUUAAAAAAAAAAGAAAU